GCAGGCCUGAGGUGAAGAUGCAUGGGGAGCCCCAAGGUUCUCCCCCCCACGACCUUGGGCCCAGUUCGGCAGUUCCCUGGGCUGCAGACUCAGCGCCCUCCUAUCCCACCUGAGGCUUCGGGCCAAGGCCCCCCCCAGGUCAGACACAGUCUGCCACCUGCCAUUCCCAGCUGUGAGGGGGCGGUGGCCUUGGACUAGCCCCCCCCCCCCCCUGCAGCCCAGGGACAGUGUCCCACCGAUGUUUGGGAACCCUAAAGCCUGGCCCCAUGUGCCAGCCUUCCAGUGACCUUGGCUCUGCCCACCUCCACCUGCCCAGGGGAUUAGUGUCCAGGUUACGCAGGCGAGAGCUAGAGCCCGCGGCCUUGCCGCCCCCACUGCCCGGGGCCUAUAAGGUGCCAGGGCUCCGGCUGCCGAGGGGCAGCGCAGGAUGGAGAGACACCAGGAGCUAACGCUGCUGCUGCUGCUGCUGCUGGAGGCAGCGGGAGCCAGCCCCCUCCGCCCCCUGUGCAGACCCACCAAUGCCACGCUGGCCGCCGAAAGCGACGCCUGCCCCGUGUGUGUCACCUUCACCACCACCAUCUGUGCCGGCUACUGCCCCAGCAUGGUGCGGGUCCUGCCAGCAGCUCCGCCUGGCCCCCAGCUGGUCUGCACCUACAGAGAGCUGAGCUUCUCCUCCAUCCGCCUGCCUGGCUGCCCCCCCGGCGUGGACCCCGUCUUCUCCUUCCCCGUGGCCCUGAGCUGCAGCUGUGGAUCCUGCCGCCUGAGCCACUCCGACUGUGGGGGCCCCAGGGCCCGACCCCACCUUUGCACCCGGCCCCAUCUCAGCCUCCGCCUCCUCUAGGGCCCAGGCCUGGGGCUCCAGGGUGGCUCCUUCGGGUCCUUCCCUUCCCUCCAACCCCCCCGACCCCAAUAAAGGCUUUUCAUCUCA